UUUUGAAUCGUUUAGUUGACUUACUAACUUUGUGAGCAAAAUGCGUGUCUGUGGAGUGUAUUUGGUUAUUCUUUGUGUAUGUAUUUUGGGGACGCUUGCCGGGGAAUGCAUUUAUGGUCCCUUUGGAGAAUGUUUGUCACAAUGUCCGCCGGACACGUACUCGUAUAACCCGGGCUGCGCGGGCGACACUCUGUCGCGCCGAACGUGUCGCGCGCCAGUCGCGCGCGUCAUAGGCCAAUACUGCGACUACUCGCGCUGCGACUGCGACGCGACUAAAGUGUGGGACGAGGCGAAGACGAAGUGUGUGCGGUUAGAGGAGUGCUCUGAUCAGACGGAGUUCAAUAAGGAGGCCGAGCGUAAUAAGGAGAGAGAUGCAGAAUAAGUCAAAAAAUAAAACAUCUAU